AUGAACACCACGCGCCACAGGCUCCUUGCCACCGCGUCGCGGUUUGUCGAGACACUCGAGAGCUUAGACGUGGAUGCAAUGCUCGCUAUACGAUCUUCAACAUGUCUUCAUCAUAUGUGCUGCCCCAGCUUCAGAAACUACAGCAUCACGAAUGAUCAGACCCGUGAAGCGUUUCCCCAGUGGAAAGCUACGAUUACCAAGUAUAAAUUUGGUGUCCUGGAUGACAGCCAAAUUCUGGUCGACGAGCAAGCGAGAAAGGUCAUGAUUCACGCCGAAACCGCCGCAGAGACAACGGUCGGUGACUACAACAAUGAAUAUGUGUUUAUUCUUCGAAUGGCAGAGGAUUGCAACACGGUGGAUGAAAUCUGGGAGUUUUAUGAUACCAUUCGUCUACAGGACCUUCGUCACAGGCUGGAGGCCAGCCAUGUGCCAAUUGGCGUUGACGCUCCUGCUCCCUUUACCACCACUGCCUCACCUGCGGCCCUCUAA